UUUCUGACAAAACCCAAGAAAGACCAAGAAAAUGGCUCCCAAAGCUAGGAAAACAAAAACCAUCAGAAAGGCGGCCGCUGGCGGCGCCAAGAAAUCUGUAAACAUCGAAAUGGUGAAAGAUGCAGUAGCUGCACUCCGAGAAAGGAAUGGCUCUACCAUCAACGCCAUCUUAAACUACUUAGUUCGAACGAAGCAAGUAUCAAGGAGCUCGCGAACGCUAGUUAUCCUAGCCAUUGGACGGGCUUGCCGCGAGGGAAGUAUGGCAAAGAAAUCACCAAACACAUUUGUCCUAAAAGAAAUUGGAAGGAGAAAAGUUUCAUCACCCAAACAGCGCAAGCGUAAAGCUAAACGAGCAAAGAAAAGAACAACAAAGAGCGCAGCCAAACGACGUCGAAGACAGCGCAAACGAAAGGGCUCAAGAAAACCCAAACGAGGCACAAAACGACGAAAUCGAAAGGCAACCAGAAAGACGAGAAAACCUCGUAGAAGCCGCAAAGCAACGCCAGCUAAAUUUAGGAAACCUGUGGCUGCGAUGCGAAGACGCCCAGCACGAAGGGCUGCAAGACGCAUCAACUAUCGCGAGUGAAAAAGAAACCAAAAAUGAAGAGAAACCAAGAACUUUAAGACCUUUGUUCAACUGAUGAUUAAGAAUUGAGAUCUGAAAAGAACAUCUUGAACUGGGUGAUAGUUAAUGUAGCGAAGCAUGCCUGUAUAACACUUUUUCAAAAUGAAAGUGUACAUAGCUUAUGAAAUGAAAUAAAGAACAGUUUCAAAGCAAAUGAA